GAGUUCCGAUGAAUAAUUGAGGGUGGUGCACGCAUGCGCCGGACGUACCGAAGACACAUACGUUCACUUCACACGAAUAGAAUACUUAAUCGGAGAUAAAAAAAUGAUUGUAAAUGAAACUCUCUAGUAUCGUGUUUGUAAAUGUGAAUUAAUAUGUGUGAGUUGCAGUAAUAAGUAAAUUGUAGUCGAUAGAAUGCAGGCGGGGGGGCCGGACAGCGCAGCGGUCUCGGAGGCCCCCAGCAGUGGCAGCGAUGAGUCGGACUGCGAGCAGGGGCCCGAAACGGACGCGGAUGCGGCCCUCACAGAGGAAUGGGCGAGAGAGUUGCUGGCAGGCGCGGGCGUGGUGGCCGCUAAUGAGGUCCGAGUGGAGUCACGCGCCGGAGUAGCUGGGGCUCUGAGUCGAGUGCUAGCCGUCACUGUCCGAUAUGAGAGUAAUGGGGAAAGUAGAUCUUUGCCCCUCGUUGUCAAGCUGCCCCCUAGAGACCCGUUUGGACGACUGUUCGUGGCCGAAGCUCAGUUUGACACGAGAGAGAUACUUUUCUAUACGGAACUCGCACCAGCGCUGAACAAGUUGGCUGAAGAGGAUUUAGGACCGGGGAUGGGGCUGCCUGUUCCUCAAUGUGUGAAAGCAAGAUUACCAGAUGAAAUUGGCGGUGAUAGUGAAUUAGUUCUAGAAGAUGUAACGUCAAUGGGCUUUGAAGCAGCAGAUUUUGCUGAAGGCUUGAGUGAGGAGAAAACGCGGGCAGCUCUCUACGCUGCCGCACGACUCCAUGCCCUUUCCUUGGCACUCCGAGAGAGGGAAGGCCCCCUAGAUCAACGCUUCGACUUUCUGUUUCCCUGCGAAAGAGCCGCUGCAGGAUAUCUUCGGCUCGUGCGACGUGGUUUACCGCAGCUAGAAUCAUUUUUAAGGGGCCGAACUGACUGUAUAGAAGAAGCAGCCGCGGUAUCAGCUUUAGUUGCCAGAGCCCCUUCUUUACUUGGCACUUUACUGCGACCAGCGGAACCCGCACCACUCGCCCACGCAGACUUCUGGAGUGGGAAUCUUCUAUUUCGAGAAAAAGAUGGAGUUACGGAGUGCAUAGCUUUAGAUUGGCAAAUGGUAUCUCUCGGGAGACCAAUGGAUGAUGUUGCAUUGUUACUUCUAUCAUCUCUGACGCCUGAAAUGAGAAGAGCUGUUGGUGACCAAUUAAUAGAAGAGUACGGGGAUCGUUUGGAAGCUGAAUGUGCAAGAUUAGGAGCAGCUGCCGCUGGUGCUGCUGUCAGACGAGGAUUGAGACCUGAUUGGCCCAGAGCAGCACUGAGAGCGCUUCUACUCUGCGCUGGGAGUGUCGACGUUGCGUUGGGUGAACCAAGAGCCGAGAGAAGACUACUUGAGGCUGUGAAAGACCUACACGUACAGGGCGUACUCUCGCUGCGUCCUGAUACAGAAUCGUAACUUUUCUGCAAAAUGUUCAUGUGCCAAGAGCGUGCUGAAUAAUCCAUGUCAACCGUUCAUCGUAACAAUUACAAAGGAAAGAAAUCAGUCCAAGAUAGUAGAUAAUAUUUAUUUCUUGCACAAAUUAAAUUUUAGUGGUGUGUUAUUUGUCAUUAGUCUUACUUUAUCAACGAUUUGGAUUCGAUGGACGCCUCUACCAGCCGUGGUGUGAGGUGAAGCCUAAUCAAAGACUGAAUUUACGUAUAUUACUACAUCGUGCAUCUAUGUACGUUUGUAUGUAGACUACUAAUGUAGAUAAUAAUUGCUCAUGGUAUCAAAGGCUAGGAAUCAUUGCGGUCUAUUGACUAUUAUUUAAUUAAAUUGAAAAUGAAAUUAAUUACAUUAAA